AUGGCUUCCUCAAGUGGAACAUGCUCAGGGUCAUCCUCUCUGCUUCAGAACUCAGGUUCUGAGGAGGACUUGCAAGCGGUGAUGGAUCAGAGAAAGAGGAAGAGGAUGAUAUCAAAUCGAGAAUCUGCACGGCGAUCUCGCAUGAGGAAGCAGAAGCACUUGGACGAUCUCGUUACGCAAGUAGCACAGCUGAGAAAGGAGAAUCAGCAGAUACUCACCAGCGUCAACAUCACCACGCAACAGUUCUUGAGCGUUGAUGCUGAGAACUCAGUGCUGAGGGCUCAAGUGGGAGAGCUCAGCCACAGGUUAGAGUCUCUCAACGAAAUCAUCGAGGUCCUGAAUGCUGGUUUUGGCACCACCACCUUCAUUGAACCAACCACCAAUAACACCUUCUUCAACCCCUUGAACAUGGGGUAUCUGAAUCACCCCAUCAUGGCUUCUGCAGACAUAUUGCAGUACUGA